AUGGCGACUCCAAUCAUCCCGUUGUCCGAAGAACAGGCUUCUUGGAAGCAAUGGGACGAGAAUGUCCCUUGCGUCUGGCCCGAAGUCGUCGCUCCCUCGCCCUUGCCGAUGCCUGAGCUCCCGACUCUUAUCGAGGAGGAGGCCAGAGUUGAACUUUCCUGGCGAGAACUACAAGCCAGGACUGACGCCCGCUACAACAGACAGAGACGACCGUCUAAGCUCUAA